AUGGAUCUAGAGCUUCGCGUUAUCGAAAAUACCUGGGAUUGCGUAGAUAAGCAGCGGUGGGAAAUAUGUCGAGGCAGGGAAGAUGAGGAUGGAAGAGAUUGUAGUUAUUGCAGCGGGUAUAGGGAUAAGAGGAAAAACAAUGGCUGGAUGGGGUUCAAGGUGAAAUCGAGACAAAUGACGGACCUCCCAUCUACAGAAGUAGCCUGUGCUGAAAUGAUUGCUAUAACUUUUGAUAAUCAAGAGUUGGUAUUACUUUUUGGCGCAUGGAUGGGUCUUAUAUAUAAUCUGUGUUUUCAUUUAGACUUGUUCUUCACAUAG